ACCGCUUAUUUUCUUUUCUCUUCUUUUGUCACCAAACCCUCCUUCCAAACGGACUGUUAAGCCUGCGAGCACAGGGGUCUCGGCAUCUGAAAUGCGCGAGGAAGGUUUUGAGGAACUUGAAAGUUGAAACGCACACAACAGUCUCUCUCUCUCUCCCCAUCUGACUACGUCAGAGCUGGGUCAAGUGUACAUUGAAAACUAGGGUUUUCUGUUCUUUUGGACAAUGGAGGCUGUGGUGAUUGAUGCUGGUUCUAAACUCCUCAAAGCUGGUUUCGCAGUUCCAGAUCAGGCUCCUUCCAUGAUAAUUCCUACCCAAAUGAAACAAAUGCCUGAAGAUGGAUCAUUGGCUGACAUUUUACAAUCUGAGGACACUGUUGAUCCGGUUGUAAGAGGGUUUAUCAGAGAUUGGGACGCCAUGGAAGAUCUAUUGCACCAUACUCUGUAUACUGGACUAGGAUGGGAAAUAGGCAAUGAGGGGCAAAUUUUAUUCACAGAUCCACUUUCAACUCCCAAGGCUGUUAGAGAGCAGCUGGUGCAAUUGAUGUUUGAAACUUUUAACAUCUCGGGCUUUUAUGCGUCAGAGCAAGCAGUAUUAUCACUUUAUGCUGUAGGGCGUAUCUCUGGCUGCACCGUUGAUAUUGGUCAUGGGAAGAUAGAUAUCGCGCCAGUAAUUGAAGGUGCAGUUCAGCACAUUGCUUCGAGAAGAUUUGAAAUUGGUGGCAUUGACUUGACGAAGUUGCUUGCUCAGGAGCUUGGUAAAUCCAAUCCACUGGUGAAGUUCAAUACCUCAGAUGUUGAGAAAAUAAAAGAGCUGUACUCAUGUUGUGCUGAAGAUGAUGUUGCUUAUAAGAAGACUCAACAGUCAUGUCAUGAAGAGCAGCAUACUCUACCUGAUGGACAGGUGAUCACCAUUGGAAGAGAAAGGUAUACUGUUGGCGAGGCUCUAUUCCAGCCAUCUAUUUUGGGUUUAGAGGCCCAUGGAAUAGUUGAACAACUUGUUCGUAGUAUCUCAACCGUGUCAUCUGAGAAUCACCGUCAACUGCUGGAAAAUACUGUACUUUGUGGUGGCACUGUUUCUAUGACUGGUUUUGAAGAUAGGUUCCAGAAAGAAGCAAGCCUUUGCUCAUCAGCUAUUCGCCCUUCUCUAGUAAAGGCUCCAGAAUAUAUGCCAGAGAACUUGACAGCGUAUUCAGCAUGGGUGGGAGGCGCCAUACUUGCGAAAGUUGUGUUCCCUCAAAAUCAGCAUAUGACCAAGGCGGAUUACGAUGAAACUGGACCUUCCAUCGUGCACCGGAAAUGUUUUUGAAAAUUCAAUCGGUAAUUCUUCAGUUCUAAUUUAGCUUCACAAUUGAUCGUGGUCAUCAGCCUCUUGACAUGAAAAAAAGAAGAAAUGGCUGAUUGACUUGUGUUAUAAAAAUGUACAUCAGCACACAAAUCCAAUUUAGUGGUUUAAAAAGAUUGAUUCUUAGAGAUUAUUUCCCCACACCCCGUCUAGGGUUCUUGUGUGUUAAGUGAAAUUUUUUCAUGAUUAAUCUAGUUAUUGUGCUUUCAUGAAAUGUUUCAUUUGUGUAAGAAAGUCUUGGUUUGUAGUCUUGGAGGUUUAGGACAUGAGUUUUUGAUAAGGUAAUUUGAUGAAUUAUCGUGUGAAUUAGGUUUUAGCUGUUCUUUUAAGGCUGUGUUUGUAUUUUGAAUGGGUGUUCUAUGCAGACUCACUUAUUUGUAACCUGGAAUUUCUGACUCUUGCAUCAACUCUGAAUCAGUUAUGCUCUGUUACAUUCCUGUCGUGAGCCAAGCCCGAGUUCCUCGUGUAAGGAUUUAAGCCCUGCUUGGUGUUGUGAUGUGCAGAGCUUAGAAGAUGUUUGUGGUAGUUAGAAGUUUGAACUAUAAACAAGUUGAGUUGAACACAUUGUUCAAGUUUGUUUU